GGGAGAGAGAGAGAUGAGAAAAGGGGGAGAACCGAAAUUUGAACGGCGAACUCGUACAAAAGAGUCGUUUUGAGGAAUAAAUGAACAUGGACGACCAAGUAACAAAUUUCUCUGGAAGCUGGAGGAUGAAAAGCUCAGAAAACUUCGAGGAGCUGCUCAAAGCGCUUGGUGUAAAUGUCUUUUUGAGGAAAAUCGCUGUAGCGGCAGCAUCCAGGCCCUCGGUUGAGAUCGAGCAGCAGGGAGAGACUCUGUCCAUACAGACAUCCACCAGUGUUCGCACUACUCAUGUGUCCUUCACCGUGGGCCAAAUCUUCAACGAGACCACUGUAGAUGGACGACCAUGCACGAGUUUUCCAAAAUGGGACACUGACAGAAAGAUCAGCUGUGAGCAGACACUGCUGAAAGGCGAGGGACCUCAGACAUCCUGGACUCGUGAGCUGAACGAUAACGGGGAGCUCAUACUAACUAUGAGCGCUGGAGAUGUUGUGUGUACCCGUGUCUAUGAGCGAGAAUGAGGACUCUCACAUUUUUGGUCUCCUUCAAAACUUCAGUUCAUCAUUUAUACUGUGGUACAAUGAACUUGAAAACAUCAAAUGUGUUUAUCUUUUAUGUUUUUACUAUCUACUAUCGACUGCGAUCAAUCUUUUGAUAUGUCUUCAUUUAUUACUGUGUGUACAGCACCGUGGUAAAGUAUUUGCCCUUUACAGAUUUCUUCUUUCUUUGCAUAUUUGUCACACUUAAUUGUUUCAGAUCCUCAUUUAAACAUAAUCAAAAGAAUCUAAACACUACUUCAGUAGAACCUUUCCAGCAAUGUGAAGUAGGCUAAGAGGUCCCAACAAGAUCAAUCAAAAGACAUUCCGGAGGAGAUGAGAAAGAAAGUUAUUGAAAGGGUUACAAAGCCAUUUCUAAGGCUCAGGGACCCCAGCAAACCACAGUGAGAGCCAUUAUCUCCAAAUGGAAAAAACGAAGAACAGUGGUGAAUCUUCCCAGGAGUAGUCUACUAAAAUUCCUCCAAGAGUGCAUCACUGACUCAUCAAGAAAGUCGCAAAAGAGACCCAGAUGAACAUCUAAAGAACUGCAGGACUUGUUCUGCACAGGUACAGUCAGUAUUCAUGAUUCUAACAUUAGAAAAAACAAGACGCAAAAACGGUAUCCAUGGGAGAGUUGCAAGGCAAAAAAACCCCGC